AUGGCGUCCCGUACCCCCCUUCGUACCGGAGUUUACGCUCCUACCAUGACCUUCUUCAAUCCGGACACUGAAGAACUCGACACCCCAACCAUCCGUCGUCAUGCUGUCCGACUAGCCAAGGCCGGCCUGGUCGGUCUGGUCACCAUGGGCUCCAACGGAGAAGCCGUUCAUCUGACCCGCGAGGAGCGCAAGUCUGUUAUCCGUGAGACGCGGUCUGCUCUGGUGGAGGCUGGCUUCUCCAAUGUCCCCGUCAUCACUGGAGCCAGCGAGAACAGCAUUCGUGGCACAAUCGAGCUGUGCAAAGAAUCCGCCGAAGCCGGUGCGGAAUAUGUCCUCAUCGUCCCUCCGAGCUACUAUCGCUACGCAGUUGGUAAUGAUGAAACCAUCUAUAAGUACUUCACUGCGGUGGCAGAUGGUUCUCCUCUGCCGGUGAUCCUGUACAACUACCCCGGUGCUGUGGCCGGAAUCGACAUGGACUCGGAUCUGAUCAUCCGCAUCUCGCAACAUCCUAAUAUCGUGGGCACCAAAUUCACCUGCGCCAACACAGGCAAAUUAACUCGUGUCGCGACCGCUCUCAACGCCAUCAUGCCCAAAUCGCCUCUGACACCCCACCGCAAGAAUGCAUCGACCAAGAAAGUUGAAAACCAUCCCUAUGUAGCCUUUGGUGGCAUUGCGGACUUUACCCUACAGACCUUAGUAUCAGGUGGUUCCGCCAUCCUGGCCGGUGGUGCCAAUGUUCUUCCCCGACUGUGUGUGCAGAUUUUCAAUCUUUGGAGCGCUGGUCGCUUUACAGAGGCUAUGGAAGCCCAGCAGCUGCUGAGCGCCGCCGAUUGGGUUCUCACCAAGACUGCCAUCCCGGGCACCAAGGGUGCCAUCCAGUCGUAUUAUGGCUACGGUGGCUAUCCUCGUCGGCCUUUAGAACGGUUGAGCGAGGUUCAAACUCAAGCCGUGGCCGAUGGAAUUAAAGGAGCUAUGGAGGUGGAGCGGUCGUUGCCGGAUAUUGCAUAG